UUCUCGCCCUGGUAAACAUGACGCUCGCGUGACAGCUGCCUCGGGUGUCACGCCAGCCUCCCCGCCCGGCCCAAAACGGGUGGGGCGGGGGCCGGGGUCGGCUCCAUAAAUGCAGCAGCUCGGCGGCCGCGAGCGGAACGCGCGGAUCGCCGCCUGCACGAUCGUUCCGUCCCUCUGCUGCUGCGGCCCAACUCGAUCGAGUGCCGAAAUGAGAGCAAGGGAGGCGGCGGCGGCGGCGGCGGCGCCCUCGGCGACGGUCAAGUUCUUUGGCGCUGGCGCGGCGGCCUGCGUGGCCGACCUGGCGACUUUCCCGCUGGACACGGCCAAAGUCCGACUGCAGGUUCAGGGCGAGGUUCUGAAAGCCGAGGGCGCCGGUGCCAGGCGAUACCGCGGGGUGUUCGGCACCAUCAGCACGAUGGUGCGCACCGAGGGCCCCGCCAGUCUUUACAACGGGCUGGUGGCGGGACUGCAGAGGCAGAUGAGCUUCGCCUCCGUGCGAAUCGGUCUCUACGACUCCACCAAGCAAUUCUACACUCGAGGCGCCGAGAGUUCGGGCGUGGCCGCCAGGCUGAUGGCGGGCUGCACCACCGGGGCCAUGGCCGUGGCCUUCGCGCAACCUACCGACGUGGUGAAGGUGCGCUUCCAGGCGCAGGCGCGCCGGUCCGACGGCGGGAGGCGAUACAACGGCACUCUGGACGCUUACAAGACCAUCGCCCGAGACGAGGGGGUGCGAGGCCUUUGGAGAGGGUGCGUGCCCAACGUCGCCCGUAACGCCAUCGUCAACUGCGCGGAGCUGGUGACCUACGACGUCAUCAAGGAGCUCAUCCUCAAGUAUGACUUCAUGACAGACGACCUGCCGUGUCACUUCACCGCCGGCUUCGGCGCGGGCUUCUGCACCACGGUGGUGGCGUCGCCCGUGGACGUGGUCAAGACGCGCUUCAUGAACUCGGGCGCCGGCCAGUACGGCGGCGCCGCCGCCUGCGCCGUCGCCAUGAUGAAGAAGGAAGGGCCCGCGGCCUUCUACAAGGGGUUUACGCCUUCAUUCCUGCGAUUGGGCUCCUGGAACAUCGUCAUGUUCGUCACGUACGAGCAGAUCAAGCGAGGCGUGACGCAAUACUGGGAGUCGCCAUUUUGA